AUGGAAGUUACAAAGAAGUUGAGGCUAAAGAAUUUGAUAUCGAAGGUACUAAAGGGUGUUCUUUUUUUGGAGAGAAGUAAAGUGUAUGUGAGAGUUAGAAGCAUUGGUGAUGAUGAUGAAGAAACAGCAACGAUAGUGCCUGAAGGUUAUUUUGUUGUUAUAGCAAUGCAUGGUGAUGAAAGAAAGAGGUUUGUUCUUGAGUUGGAAUAUUUAAGAGAUUCUCGUUUUAUGAAACUGUUGGAGGAAGCUAAGGAAGAGUAUGGUUAUCAACAAGAGGGUGCUAUUGCUGUUCCUUGUAGGCCUCAAGAACUUGAAAAGAUUAUAGAGAAUCGAUGCAAUACCAGUUUGUAA